AGCCUCUCAUGGUAGCAGUGUAAACUUCAGACUUCAACUCAUGGUAAACUCUUUACAGCCUUGGAAAAACAACAACAUCAGACUCUGCUCAAUAGUACCCAACAAACUUGGAUGUGCAUCCUAAAUUCUUAACAUCCCAUCACAAGCUAGAACCUGGGCUUACAGUCAAAAUGAAAUUAGCCCUGCACACUGUCAUCUGCUGCUGUGUUUUCACCACUGUCCUGCCACUGGUGAAAGGUGCAACGGGGGAGCUCAACACCAGCUUGAAAAAAAGGUUUAGAGUUUGGCUUCAAAGUCGCAUGAAGAGAGACCUGGAUGACGGCUUAGCCACAUCUGAUGAGCUGUGCUCAGACCUCCUCGAUAGACUGAGGCAGGAUGUGACUGAAAACAAUGUUCCACCUUCACCAAGCUCUGGGCCACAGAUCAGAUCCAAAAGGGCAACAUCAUCAAAAUCAGCAGGCUGCAAACUUGUCACAUGUUCAUUACCCGACCUGAUCUUUAAACUCUACCAGAAUACAAACACGGACAUAGACGUCAGUGCUCCUGGGAAACACUUAACUCCCAUAGGCUACGGCCGGCGUCGCCGCCGCCGCUCACUCCUGGAUGUGGUUCGACCUGCCCUCCAGACAGGAAGUCAAAGACCGAAAACAGCGGCUGGGCAGCCAGUCCGUCGACUCAAAAGCAAACUCAAAGAGGUCUAAGACUGGCAUGGGAAGGCAAAGGAGAAUUCUUGGUUGGGUUAGUUGCACACAGCAGAUGAAGACCCCUUAGAGGUUUUAUUCCACAGAUUUACAACUAGAUAUGCUGCUGCAUCUUUUUCGCCGCCAGAAGAUGAUUUUUACAGGUCACUCUGAUUGAAAGCGAGAUAUCAAUAAUGUUUAGGUGCAGCUUUUUACUGUCUCACUCUGAACAAGUGUGUGAUUUAUGGAUGAAUUAAGUCCGACAUGUGCAGCUUGUCAAUUGUGUCUGUCUCCUUUUUUAGCUUCCAAAAGUGAACUUGGCAGGAAUAGAAGUAGAAAUAGAAGAGAAUCCCUGAAGAUAUCUUUGAACAUCCCAUGUGCUAAGAAAGAACCAAGGCUGCAUUGAUGGAGAAUCCUUUUUUAAAAAGAACUGACUUUACUGGAUCCCAAGCUGAUACGAGCAGGAGCCUUUUAAAAAUUAACCGAGUGUGGUGAACUGCUUGUAAAGUGAUUGUGAAGUGCAAUGUAUACAUGUACGAGGCUGAACAUAGUCACCAAUAUGUACCAAUCAGCUUGUAUGUAAUGAUAUAUCAAGCUACCUUAUAUUAAAACAUAAUUAUAUUUUUAUACAGCUAUAAUACAUAUAAUACAUGUACCUUUUUGAUUUGAACUUCAAUGAAGUAUCUUAAAUGUGUAGAUAAUUAUAUUAUCCAUUAUGUGUUUUACUUAUUGUUUUAACAUGUUUUUAUUAAUAGCUCAUUGGCUUAUUGGUUUAACAUAUCAGAGAUAUUCAAAGACAUUUGUGGAUGUGGUAUAAGUCAAAAAUGGCAGCAUAAAACAACUGGAUAGUAGUGAUUUUGUUCAGGGGUUUUUCUGGACUUUCUAUGCUCCAGAAAGAGAUGGAUGGCUUCUUUUUUAUAAUGAAGUGUAUGGAUCGAUGUGCCAGUAACAGUGUUGUGCUGCCAUCUAGCUUUACAGUUGGUUACAUGUAACAAAGCAGGCCAAACAUCUUUAAAAUCAAUGCAGAGCACUUACAGUGGUUAUUACAAAUGUUGUAUACUUAGUUUUGAAUGUAUCUGCUUCUCUAUUUGAAUGUAAGAACUCUUAAUUGAGUCAUGAUUCAGCUGCAAUGACUUGACAUGGUAUUAGUUAAUAUGCUUAAUUUGUUGUGAUGAACAUUGCAAGAAUUGUAAUGGUUUUCAGCAGGCUGUGAUGUUGGUCUCGUUUAUGAAAUAAAUGACUGAAUGCAACAAUGAAAACAAACUGACACUGUUUUAUUUUGACUUAACAUUUACAAUUCUGUUAUUGCAUUUGUGUUUCUAGAGUUGGAAGGCUGGUAGGCAACACACUUCAUGCAGUUCUAUGAAGCUGUGUGUGUGUCUUAUUAAGUCCACAACAUGAACCAAUGGGG